CCUACAAAUGCAGCACUGGACGGAUUCUUCAAAGAAAUUAUCUUUUGUGGUUUAUCCUAAGAAAAUCUACCUUCCAAUUCUUUCUUACUUUUUUUUUUUUACCAAAUUGACUAAAAUCAUCCUUCCAUUUAUUCUUGGAUCUAAUGACAUCUUUUGAUACAUGUAUAAAUCUAUUUAUUGAAGAAGAAUCAUGUAGAUCUGAAGCAAUUGAAGAGUCAAGGGUUUCAAUUAUGUUUUUUAUAGUUAAAAUUGUUGAUCCAAGCAGAUCGAUUUGCUUAUUUUCUAGGAUGUUCAUCUUUCUUCUCAACUACUGUGAAAGCAAAUUGGGUCCAUCUUUUGGUGAAGCUUUAGGUAUACACAAGGAACCAUUAUUUGGGGCUCACAAGUGUACAACUCCAAAUGCUGAUGGGCACGAAUCUAAAUUUGUAGAGAAUAUUAUAAAACAAGUCGUACAAGAGGUCAACCACACACCUCUAGAUGUUGGAGAUACUCGUGUCAAAGAUAUAGAGUUGUUAUUGCGAAAUGAUAUUGAUGAAACUUCACAUGGUUGGCAUUGGUGGAAUAGGAAAAACAAAUUUGGCAUCAAGGUAUCUACGACCUAAUAUUAUGAUAUUAGAUCAAAACCGGAAGCUUAUAAUGCUCUAGUCAAGCUACAAGAGAAACUUCUUCAUCAAAUUCUCAAGACGUAGGAUAAUUUAAUUGUUCUUGAUGACGUGGAUCAUCUAAGCCAAUUAGAAUCCUUAACAAGAGAAAGAAGUUGGUUUGGUUCGGGUUGUUUUAUCAUCAUUACAAUCCAACACAAACAUUUGAUAUGUGGCCAUGGAGCAAAGACUAAUUGGUUGCUAGAUAUUCUAAAGAUUUCAAGAAAUCUUGUAUUUAAA